AUGUCGUACCGCUCCAAAAGCGACAAAUACAAGUCAGUGUUGACUGACCGUUUCACCAAAUCCAUGGAACUGAAGGAGUUCGACGUAAGCAGCGCAGAGUUGUUCAAGCACCAACCAUUGCAGGAUCCCAGUGCCGAGUUCCGAUAUCUGUACUUGCUUCCAAGGACACACAACAUUGACCUCGAUGGACAAACGGUCUUUCGCUGUGAGCUGCUCUCACAUACCAAGGAACAAGCGCCCCGUUACAUUGGGUUAUCCUAUGCAUGGGGAAAUUCCUGGCUUCAUCGUUCGAUACUACUUGGCGAUAAAAUCUUUCAUGUUCCUGAAAACCUCGCCACUGCCUUCGAACAUCUGCAAGAAGAGGGCAAGACUAUUGUUUUCUGGGUCGACGCUGUCUGUGUCGACCAAAGCAAUGUAGACGAGAAAGGCAUGCAGGUCCAGCGAAUGUGCCACGUCUUCUCAUCUGCCGCUCUUGUCAUUGCCUGGCUCGGGCCUGCAGCAGACGAGAGUGAUUUGGCUCUCCAGGAGAUUGAGAGUUAUGCUGAAAGUCUUGCCCGUUCAGAUUCACUAGAUGCACUCAGAAAGAAUUACAACGAAAGAGCUGCAUCCGUUUGCCUCGAACGAACCAAGGCUAUCUUCGAUCGCCCAUGGUUCAAGCGUGUGUGGGUCGGCCACGAAGUCGCCAUGAACAAGUGCGUCAUCUUCGUUUGUGGGCAGCGCGAUAUUGACCGAGAGACUUUAGUCCUGUACUAUUGUUGUCUCCUCAAUCCCGUAUACAUUUGGGAAGGCACCAGGGCAGAUGCAAAUGUCCAGAGCUAUCUGUACGAGGAAGCUCUUUCUUUCAAAGACUUCCUCUCCCAACACAGCAAGUACUUCGCAGAUAUCGGUGUACCAGAAGCGUCUGACCCAAGAGACUUCGUCUACAGCACUUUCACGCGGUGCAGUGAGAUGAAAGAAGGCGGAUAUCGCAUUGAUUACAGCGCCCCAGUUGAAAAGGUGUUUGAAGACUUUGCUAAAUGUCUCGUCUGGAACGGACAGGUUGACGCCUUAUCCGACCAUUGGUGUCCCUCAUUGACAAGCAGAGAUCUUCCUUCGUGGGUCCCCGACUGGUCUACUACAAAAACAACACGGAUCGCUGGAAACGCGAUAGCAUUUCCCCACAACUACAGUCACAUUGCCACCACCGGGGGACGCCGGGGACGACGCGCGGGCCUCGGGAUUUGGGGUCGAUGCAUCGCUCAAAUCACGCACGUGGAGCGCAACACUCAAGACCAAACUCGGCCGAAAUCACCUUCCAUUACCCCACAAGAAGAAGAUACAAUUCAGUGUUUCUUGAACAAACUCCACAAGGCCCUUCACGACAAGAAUCUGUGGAGUGACACUGAGAUCACCAAGGCAAUCUUCGACCUGACAACCAGCAUGUCGAUUGCUAGCACUAUGCACGAAAACACAGAAGGUUAUCCCGAUGCAGAAGAAGAGUUCUACGCGUCGUACCAGGCGGUCCGAGGUCUUGUGAGUCCGCCUGAAGACACUCAGGACGCACAGGCGUGGAGAAUACACAAUGGCCGCGUCUAUCUUAAUGCUUUCCGUGAGAUCAAUACCAGGAACCUCAUUCUUACCGACAAGAAUAUCGUUGGUGUGACUCGCGAGGAAGUGCAAACUGGUGAUCGGUUAUAUGCGCUUGGAGGCGUUCGUGGAAUAUGGGUUCUCAGGAAAGUAGAGCGUGUAUUUGAUGAGAUUGUUAGUCUUGCUACGGUUUUUCCUUGGGAAGAUGUUGUGAAGUGUGAUGCGCGGGAGGAGCUCAUUACUAUUGUUUGA